AGAAGUUGUUUAAUUAUACAAAACAAUUCAAAUUCUUCUUCUUCUUCUUCUUUUGCCAUUUCUACUUAAAAUAAAAUUGAAGAAUGAAAAUUUAUAUAUAAUCAAACUCCUCAGCUUCUUCUUCUUCUUGUUCCUCAGUUACAAAAAGUCAAUAGAAAUGCAAGGAAUAAACUCUUUACUAAACCAAUCAUCGCCUUCAUCAACGACAUCAACCUCUCAAAUCCCUUUUCAUUAUCAAGACCUGCAAAAUCAACAGAUCCAAACCCCUCAUUUUCAUCCUUCUUCUUCUUCUUCAAAUGAUGAUUUUCUUGAACAAAUCCUCUCUACUAUUCCUUCUUGCUCUUGGCCCGACCUUAAGUCUCCAUGGGACCUAAUUAACCCUACCACCACCUUGCCGCCCAAACCUAGAGGCUUAUCCGACGAAACCCCGCCUCCUAAUUCUAUGGCGGACGCUACUAAUGGGGGUUUUCAUAACUUUGACGACUCUGUAAUUUUGGCGUCCAAGCUUAGACAGCACCAGAUCAGCGGCGGAGGACCUUCUCCUGCAGCUGCUGCUAAGCUGAUGCUUCAGCAGCAACUGAUGAUGGCCGCCUCUAGAGGUGGCGGGCUGGGUCAAAACGACAUCGUGGAUGGGUCCUCCUUCAAGUCUCCCAGUCAGGGUGGAGAUGGAGUGUUUAGUGGGUUUAAUGCUGGAUCUAUGCAUGGAAACGGGCAAUCGUCUAAUCAAUCUCACCAGCAUUUUCAUCAUCCUCAGGCACAGAAUUUUGGCACUAGUUCAGCAGGAGGAGCCACUGGUAUGAACCACCCUCAAGCUAGUGGGUCAACCGGUGGUGCACCAGCUCAACCCAAACAGAGGGUUAGGGCUAGAAGAGGUCAAGCCACUGACCCACAUAGCAUAGCUGAGAGAUUACGAAGAGAAAGAAUUGCAGAGAGAAUGAAAGCUCUGCAGGAACUAGUUCCCAAUGCCAACAAGACAGACAAGGCCUCAAUGCUAGAUGAGAUCAUCGACUAUGUCAAAUUCCUCCAGCUUCAAGUCAAGGUUCUAAGCAUGAGCAGAUUAGGCGGUGCAGGUGCCGUGGCUCCUCUAGUUGCUGAUAUCUCUUCUGAGGGAGGUGGCGACUGCGUUCAAGCCGCCGCCACUGGGUCCCAUCCCCGUAACAACCAAACGCCGUCUUCUAACGACAGCUUAACGGUGACGGAACACCAAGUGGCUAAACUAAUGGAAGAAGACAUGGGUUCAGCUAUGCAGUAUUUACAAGGAAAAGGACUCUGCCUUAUGCCUAUAUCGCUUGCUACUGCUAUUUCUACUGCCACGUGUCACACCAGGAACAACAACACUAGCAGAUUGCUCAAUCAAUCCAACGCUGAAGGACCUUCCUCACCCAGUGUCUCUGUUUUGACCGUCCAGUCAGCUACUAUGGGUAACGGCGGCGGUGGUGGUGUUGACCCUUCUGUUAAAGAUGCCGCCUCUAUUUCCAAGCCGUGAGAUAACGGAAUAUGCUGACUCGUCCCUUUUCUUUUUAAUACUAUAAAUUUCAAUUGCAUUUUAGUAAAUAAUGAACAAAGAGUGUGACGUGUAGGAUUCAACGGCCUUUUCAAAGUCUACGAAAAUAAGGGGUCUAUUUUCGUUUCUCUUUUUAAUAGUAUAAAUUUCGAAAGAAAUAAUGCUCGGUACGACGCCGUAUUUCCGUAGACUUUGAGUUGAAAGCUGUUAAGCUAACACUACCCACCACCAAGACGAAGAAAGAAACAAUAUCACCCAAAAAUCCGAUAAAUAUUGUUAUUUUUAUUGUUCUUUUUUUAAUAUAGUAAUUUUAUCGGUUGUUA